AUGGCUGCCAAAACCCUGUUUAGAGCACUCCUUGCUCUAACUUGCUUCGUUGCAUUUGCAUCUGCUCAGAAUGGAUUUGAAUCUGGUCAGAGUGCAUUUGCAUCUGGUCAGAGAAAUAGUGCUGUUCAUAAAUCAGUAGAUGAUUAUAAAUCAGAUAGUGAAGAUGUAUCUUUAAAACCAAAGCAAAUCAUCGAAACUGAUGACAGAGGUAGUGCUGCAAUAUCUGAUGAUCAUAUUAAUGAUCAUAGAGUUGGUGCUGUUCCAAAUCAAUCCUAUCGUAGACAUAGUCCGCAUCAAAAUUUUCACCAGGCAGCUGAUCCCAAACACCAACCAAAGGAAGGCACCCUGGAAGUGGGGUUCAUCACUUCCAACCCCGUGAACCAAUUGUUCAAGAAAGUUCUUAACAACGGUGACGUAUUUGUGUUUCCUAUGGGCCUUAUUCACGUCCAGAGAAAUGUUGGAUAUGGGAAAGACGUUGCGGUUGGAGCCCUUAACAGCGAGAGCCCUGGGGUUAUUACCAUUGCUAAUUCAGUGUUUGGUUCAAAUCCAAGCAUUCCCAGCGACGUUCUCGGAAAGGCUUUCCAGGUUGACCAGAAUGUGAUUUUUCAGCUGCUAGCUAAGUUCUAG